UUGCUAUAGUUGGUUUAGCUUGCACACUAACGGUCUGUAUGUGUUAAUUUUCAUAUUAAAAGUGAUUUCUUAAGGAUCGCAGCAGCGCAGAUGAGGUGUAUCCGUAGCUGUAGGCGGCGGUGGUUCAGUUUGUCCCAUGAGUAAAGCCAUGAAGAACCGAUCCGGUUCCCCCCCAGUGCACGUGCACGUCAGUGAUGCCACUCCGGUCCACGUGCACGUGAAGAGCCAGAGGACGGCUCCUGGCAGGACGCCUCAGGGGAAGGUGAAUGUGGAAAAUUCGAGGCUUCGUCCGACAGCGAAGGUCCAAACUCGAGUGCCUUGGAUCCCCCCAGGAAAGGCUUCCUACAAGUGGGAGGGACCGACUCAAAGCCUGGAGAUCACACCGCCGCUCCCAGAACCAGAACCUGAGCGCUCCCAGUCUGUGCUGCAUGUGUCGGAUCUCACGUCAGAGGAAGAGGAAGUUCUGCAGGGCCGGAUCAGCCAUUAUGAGAGGAAGAUCGAGAGCUUAAUGAGUGAAGUUAGCUCUCUUAGGACGGAGGUGUUAAAGUUGAGGUUAGGUUCUGAUGACGGGUCUCUGCACCCUGCUGGUAUGAAUCUCAGUCAGAACUGUUUCUUCCCAGAACCAAUCUCAGAUUCUCCAGAACCUUCUUUCAGGUUCAGACUGUUUGAUUCAAUCCUUCUCAUUUUUCCUGUUUGGAGACCUGAAGCGAGCAGCGUUUCCUCUCUCCUCUCCUGUUCUGACGGGAUGAUGCGUUGGCGGUCCAUUAAGAGAUUCUGUUCUGGUUCUGUUAGGAUUUUGGACCUCAGAUGCAGAUAUGUUGGUCACACCCACUUCCUCCAGACUAGUUUGUUAUCUCCUGCUGCUGGUUUACCUGAGGAACAUGUUUGUGACUUGAUUCUGAUCCAGAUGCUGAUGAAGUCCAUUAAUGAUGCCUCAUUCAUCAAAGAUUAUUUAUUUCUGCUUCUGCAAUUGCAGAGAAGGGUGUUUGAAUUCUCUCUGCUUGGUUCUGGUGUUUCCAGAGUGGACGGUUCUCCUCAGGAUCCGGAUGUUCUGCUCCGGAAGCUGAUGGAUGCUGAAGCUGCUGCAUCUGCAGCUGCUCAGCAGGUCUCUGCUCUGAAACAGUCCGUCUCUCAGCUCUUCAGCUCGGGUGGAAAUAAGUUGUCGUCUUCGGGUUUGGCCCAUCAGAAGGACCUGCUGCUGAAGAAACUGGAGACGUUUGAGGCCACGAACCGAACUCUGAGGCAGCUCCUCAGAGAGCAGAGGGAGUCCCAGAUGGAGUCCAUCGGACUGUCAGAGCAGAAGGAGGUUCUACUGAAGAGGCUCGCUGACACAGAGGCAGAAAAAGCUAACCUUCUUGAGAAGCUUCAGGAGAAAGACAGGGAGCUUCAUCAGCUCUCCAACCUGCUGGACUCAGAGAAGGUAAAUGCUAAGAGCUCAGCAGAUUUGUCCAGGACUCUGGAGUCAACCAGAGCUCAUCUCCAGGGACAGUUACGCAGCAAAGAAGCAGAAAACAACCGACUCAGCGUUCAGAUAAAGAACCUGGAGCGGGCAGCCAAUCAGCAGAGGGCAGAGAUGGAUCAUGUGACGGAGCAGCUGAACCGACUGAAGCAGGAGGCGCUGGAGGAUCGGGAAGCUCUGAAACGAGCCACCAAAGCUCAGAAACAUCGAGCGGCGCGCAGUGAGGACGCUGCAGGACAGCUGAGCGUGCAGCUGCUGCAGAUGGAGAAGCAGGUGGAUGAAGCUCUGGCAGCAGCUGAGGUCUGGCAGCGCCGACACGCAGAGGAAGCCAAGGAGAAAGGUCAGCUGGAGAUGGAGCUGAGUCUGCUGAACAGCCGGAUCUCGGAGCUGAGCGAGCAGCUGCAGAGCGUGCAGGAAAGGGGUCGAUCGGAGAGGGAGGCGUUGCUGGAUCGCCUGCAUGGAGUGACCGCAGAGAACGCUGCUGCUAAACUGGAGAACCAGAACCUAAAGGCCUCGGCAUCUGCAGCGGAGGAGAAGCUGAGCUUGUCUCAGUCAGAGCUUCAGCAGGUCAAAGCCACCAUCAGGCAGUAUGAGGCUCUGCUGGACAGCUAUAAGAUCCAGGUCGGGAAAACCCGGGCCGAAGCCGAGCAGUGCUCUUCCCAGGUGGCUCAGGCAGAGCGGGAGGCCCAGUCGGUGAAGGAGGAGCUGGAGAAGGAGAUCGAGGAGGUGCGCAGGGAGCUCCUGGGUCGGCUUUCGGACCUGGAGGCUCUUCCGGAGUCUUUGCGGCGCUGCCAGCUGCAGCUGCAGGACGCUCAGGAUCAGGAACGUCUCCUGGAGAGACGGAACGUGGAGCUCAGCACCAACCUGACGGAGCUCCGUCUGAAGAUGGAGACCCAGGGACACCAGAUGGAUCUCCUGAGGCAGAAGAACAAAGUUCUGAUGGAGGAGAACCAACAGCUUCAGCUCAGAGCGGAGUCUCUGGACCGGAAGCUGGAGGAAGUUUCCAGCCAGAACUCUGACCUUCUAACCGUCAUCUCCAAACGCAACAAGACCAUCCGCAGCAACCAGCUCUCCCUGGAAGAGAAGACGAGAGAAUGUUCCCUGCUGAGCCGGAAGCUGGAGGCGGCUCUGGACGACGCCCGCCAGCAGAUCUCAGAGACCAGAGAACGGGCCAUGACCAAAGAACGCUCCACCAAAUCCAAGAUCCUGGAGCUGGAGACCCAGCUGAGCCGGACCGCCUCAGAGAUCGACCAGCUGAGACGCCACAAAGAGGAGGCGGAGAGGCGGUACCAGAGCCGGCUGCAGGACCUGAAGGACCGCCUGGAGCAGUCCGACAGCACUAACCGAAGCCUCCAGAACUACGUCCAGUUUCUCAAAGCGUCCUACACCGACGCUUUUAGUGAUGUGGCCCUCGCCGGCUCCCUGCGGGCCCCCUCUCCCCUCUGACCGCCUCAAAAGAAGACCUGAUCGGUUCAGCUCCGGCAGUCUGCAUCUUCUCAUCUUAGCAGGAUGCGGUCACCAUGGCAACAGAUGUUGGGAACCAAAUGUAUUUGUGCUCAGUCAUUAUCACCAGUAUGUAUAGAACAUUUUGCUUCCAGGCCUUCCAGUUAUCCAACGGACUGGUUCCACUGGUGGUCAUGGUUGAUCCUGACAGUCAGCGUCUGGAUGUUGUUUCAUUAAUUCGGGUCAGUGGCUGUAAUUGAUCGUCUGCUGCCAGUUUUACAGGAAAUGAGUCGGAAUCAGAGGAUCUGGGUCGGCUGAUUUAGACGGCGACCAGAAGACUUGGAUGUUUAGAAGCUCCGUCCCUCUAAAUGAUUCCCUGGAAUCAAACCUAAUGGUCUAAAUUUAAGACAGAUUUUAAAGAUUCCUCUUCCUUAUUUUAUUGCUUGACACUAAAUUGAGGGUUUUUAUGUAAGCAGCUGCUCUCAUGUGACUGAGAACAAAAGAAGCCUCAGGGUUUUUCAUGCAGCAGCUUCCAACGUACAGGUUUUUGUACCGUUUAUAAAAUGUUUUAUACUGCUGAAGAACUUUUUACAUCUUGUUCUGUGUUAUGUCU